AUGGCAGCAGCUUCUUCGCAUAUCGCGGCACGAGGCUAUGCAUCAGACGCUACAUACAUAUAUGAAUACUCCAGAGGACUGGGUGGAGUGGACGUUCCUCGCGAUGUGAUCAUUACUCGCAUCAUCUACUCUUCACUCGCCUUCUUGGCUGUCGCUUUAUUCUGUGGCCGGAUAGCCCAGAUCAGUCAUGCCUGGCUACGCCAAAUCACCGCCUGCGGCGCAAACAAGAAACAGCAGACCUUCUGGUCCCAAGAACACUCAUCAUGGUGGCCCAAUAUGAAGAAACACUUCCUCUACGCCCCACUAGGCAAGAAGAGACACAAUCGAGAAUUGCAGCUUUCCUCUGUCGUCAAUGUCGGUACCUUGCCCUCGCGGUUGCAGACCAUCCUGGUUGUCCUAUACUUCGCCAGCCAGGUCGCAUACUGUGUGAUCUUGGACUACAGUGUCAACCACAAAGCAGCCCUGGUAGCUGAGCUUCGCGGGCGAUCCGGGACGCUGGCCACCCUCAACAUGGUCCCUCUUUUCCUCCUCGCCGGCCGUAACAACCCUCUGAUUUCAAUCCUGCACAUCAGCUUCGACACAUACAACCUUCUGCACCGCUGGUUGGGCCGUAUGGUCGUCCUUGAAUCAGUCGUCCACACAGCCGCAUGGGCUGUCAACGCCUGCGAUGAGCAAGACUUUGCGCACAUGCUAACCCGCGUCCGAACAACGCCCUUCUUCGCUUGGGGACUAGUCGGCACCGUCGCAAUGAUCUUCCUAUGCAUGCACUCGCCCUCCCCAAUCCGGCACGCAUUCUACGAGACCUUCCUGCACCUCCACCAGCUGGCAGCCGUCCUCGCCUUCCUGGGCGUCUAUAUGCACCUCAAGCUAGACAGUCUCCCCCAACGAAGCUGGGCCCACGCCAUCGCAACAAUAUGGAUCUUCGAACGCUCAGCCCGUCUCAUCCGCCUCCUCCACCUCAACGUUUCAACAGGCGGCACAACAACAAUGACCGUCCAAGCCCUCCCCGGCGAAGCAUGCCGCGUGACCUUCCACCUCCCAAAACGCAUCCCCAUCCAACCAGGCUGCCACGUCUUCGCCUACAUUCCCUCAAUAUCCUGGUGGAUGUCCCACCCCUUCUCAAUAGCCUGGGCUGAAGACACACUAUCCACCCUGACAGCCCCAACCACGCAAAGCAAACAAUACACCGAUCUAGAAAAACAAAGCACCCCAACAAGCGCCCUCAAAACCCAAGUCUCGCUCAUAAUUGGCGCCCAAAAAGGCAUGACCCGCCGCCUGUACAACCUCGCCAACGCCUCACCCUCCAAAUCCCUCACCAUAGCCGGCUUCAUAGAAGGCCCCUACGGCUCCCACCCCUCCAACCCCCAAAGCUAUGGCACAACAAUCCUCUUCUCCGCCGGUGCAGGUAUAACCCACCACCUGCUGUACACGCGCGAACUCCUCAAACAAUCCCACGACAGCACAGCUGCCACCCGCCGCAUCUACCUCAUCUGGUCCGUCCGCUCAACAGAUCACCUCUCAUGGGUAAGCACGUUCAUGGACCAGAUCCUGCGUCUGCCUGGCCGCCGCGACAUCCUCACCGUCAAGCUUUUUGUCUCGAAGCCGCGAAAGGCUGCAGACAUCGUCAGUCCCUCGGCGAGUGUGCUGAUGCAUUCUGGAAGGUGUCGGCCUGAUGUGGUGCUUGAUGAGAUUUUGCCGGGGCGUGUUGGCGCCGCGCUGGUGAGUGUUUGUGGGCCUGGUGCUUUUGCGGAUGAGGUGCGUGCUGCUGCUAGGGAGAGGAUUGGGAGAGGUGCUGUGGUUGAUUUUACGGAGGAGGCUUUUACGUGGUGA